GGCCCAUUCAGUGGUGUGAUUGUCUCUGGGCAGCCUCUGUGACAUAGCCACUGGCACCAUGAAGAUCACUGGAGGUCUCCUUCUGCUCUGCACAGUGACCUAUUUCUGCAGCAGCUCAGAAGUUGCCAGUCAACCUUUAAAAACAGAGGUGGAUUGCAGCAUUUACAAGAAGUACCCAGUGGUGGCCAUCCCCUGCCCCAUCACAAACAUGCCAGUUUGUGGUUCUGACUACAUCACAUAUGGAAAUAAAUGUCACUUGUGUAUCGAGACCUUGAAAAGUAAUGGAAAAAUCCAAUUUCUUCACGAAGGACACUGCUGACUUCUGUAUAGACAUGGACAGAGAGCAGUGAUGUCCUCAUGGUUCAGUGUCCCUGGGCUCUCACUGACUUCCUUCAGUCUGUGCUGAUGUUCUGGGUCAGGUGGAGCCAGAUUCGGAGCCACCUUUACUGAAAAGAGAAAGUUGUGCUCUUCCUUAUGAACUCAUGUCUUAUGGACAGACUGGCUUCUUUUUACACCUCAAUAAAGGAGCCUCCACAGAAAGUUUAUCUUGGCUUC